AUGAUGGAGAGGAUAAGAAAAGAGAUGAUAUUGAUGGAGAGAGGGCUGCACAGUCCGGUCGCAGGGAAGAGGCUCGCAGACGGCACCCCGGGAAACUCAGUGCUGGAGGCCCUGGAGAACUCGCAGCACAGCGGACGGCUCAGCCCGAGAAUAACUUCGGCUCAGCUUCAUGGAAAUCUGGGGGACAUCCCGACGAAAAGCAAAUUUGAGAUUGACAGUCUUUUCGGCACGCACCAUAACAGUGAAAAUAACUCCUCGGCGGAAAUUUCUUCGUCAGAAAGCAGGAAGAAAAUGAGUCUUUAUUCUGAGGUUUCUCCAGAUUCAGAUAUUAACAGUGAUGUGGAGGUGGGAUGCCCUUCGCACCGCUCCCCGAGCCAGCACAAGGAGAACAACAAAGGUUUUUCAGAUUCUGGGUCCUCCAGCUCAAACUCCCUCGCGAAUAUGAACGGUAAUUCAUCGGGAUCAAACAAUUCUAAUUCCGACCAAGUGAGAAGAUAUAGGACUGCUUUCACCCGAGAACUCGGAAGACUGGAAAAGGAGUUUUACAGGGAAAAUUACGUUUCCAGGCCGAGAAGAUGUGAAUUAGCUGCAGCGCUAAAUCUGCCCGAAACGACCAUUAAGGUGUGGUUUCAGAACAGGCGGAUGAAGGACAAACGGCAGCGUUUGGCGAUGUCCUGGCCCCAUCCCGCAGACCCCAGCUUCUACACCUACAUGAUGACGCACGCGGCAGCUACAGGAAGCCUACCAUACCCUUUCCACUCUCACAUGCCUCUACAUUACUAUCCGCACGUCGGUGUCACAGCAGCAGCAGCCGCCGCGGCCGCCACCAGUGCCGCCUCGUCACCUUUCGCCACCUCCAUCCGACCCCUCGACACUUUCCGGGCGCUUUCCCACCCUUAUUCACGGCCAGAGCUCCUGUGCAGCUUCCGGCACCCGGGACUCUACCAGUCACCCGCAGGCCUCAAUAGUUCCGCUGCAGCGUCGGCAGCCGCAGCAGCAGCAGCAGCGGCGGCGGCGGUCAGUGCGCCAUCAGCAUCCGGGCCCUGCUCGUGUCUGAGCUGCCACAGCAGCCAGGCCGCGAGCGCGCUCGGCUCCAGGAGCGCGAGCUCUGACUUUACCUGCACAGCUUCCGGGCAAAGAUCCGAGAGUGGAUUUCUGCCCUAUUCUGCAGCUGUUCUCAGCAAGACCUCAGUCCCGUCUCCAGACCCGCGAGAGGAAAGUUCACUCAACAGAUAACUCGACACACAGCCUACACAUAAACGGGUCAUAUUUUUUCUUUUGUCCUACUGUAGGGAAAAGGCCUUCUUUCAAAAUACACCUGGAGUUAAUAGGCAGCAUUACAACUACAUACACAAAAAAAUAGAUUAAUUUCAUAAAGUACAAUAGCUCUUUUAGGGAAAUAGCUGAGCAACGAACAUUUUUAAACUCACUCCCACAAAACUUUUCUAAAAUCUCGUGCCGGUGUGUUGUGCCACUAGAGCAGUUUUUUAUGGACUAAACUGGAUUUGUUUUUUAUUUUUGUUUUUGUUCCAUUUCUAGGUUGUAUUCCCUUUAAAGUUAUCUGGGUUUUUUUCCUUGCAAAUCGUAGCUACAAAUUAAACGCAGGACUAUAAUUUAUCCACUAUUCCAGAUUUCUUCUUGUAAAAUGUCUAGAUUCCAUCGUGACAAAGCCUUCCUUCACUCCUUUGGUCCAUACAAACUCAGCUUAUUAUGCUACCUAAAUUUAGCUAGCAGAACGUGUGUGCUAUUCUUGCCCAGCAGCAUAUCUUUCUUCACUAUAUAGGCUAGGCCUAAUGGAGUUAGAUUUUGGCAGGACUACCCCCUUCAACACCCAGCCCCCUACUCUUUGGGGACUUCCCUAAUCAGCUCAGAAAGGUGCAUAUAAUUCUGCACCGCGUCUUUUGGUGUCAAUUUUUAUGUUAAUAAUGAGAGGAUCAUGACAAAAAUUGCCAAUCAUGUACCUAGAUGGAGCUCUUUUGAAUACACGACUGUAAGGAAGUUGCUCGUUUUGAGACCCGCUGUCAAGUGCUAACAACCCGCGGAGGGAAGUCAUUAGACAUACAAAAGAGGCUGAACAAAGCGACAGAGCUGGUACACAAUGCACCGUGUAUAAGGCUUCUAUUUGACAUGUAAAAAUAUUAAAGCAGCCUGCUGAUACCUCCACACACAGUAGCCUCUCUCUAUUUACAUUGCUGAACCUCAUUAUAUCAAAUCCAGUAUUUUCAUAAGAGUGUAAUCCCUUUAGGACCUUCUC